ACCAAUCAGACGGAAGAAGAGAAACGUCAGCCAAUCAGCGGCCGCCUAUAUUGUCUGGGAAGCCGUUGAUCCAGGAGCGUGACAGGUCACGUGACUAGAGAGACGUUUCCAAACUGUAUUGCCUGUCUUAAGUGGACGCGAUCCAAACCAGUGGAAUUCAAGCAUGGACAAGAUGGAUUAUACCUUCUUAAGCAGAGUCAUUAGUAAGAGAGUGACUGUCACAUUGACAUAUGGCAAGCUUCAGGGAACCUUGAUACACGUCGACCAUGGUCGAGCUAUUAUGCUAAGUAAAGUGAAGGAUUUGGCGACAAACAUUGUAAAGCCUGGAAUUCAUCUUUGUUUAGCACCUGACAUCUUAAAUGUGGAAUUACAGAUGGAUAAUAAAGUCUGCCCGACAAUGGAGUUGGAAGAGCAACCCCCCAAAGGAGAAAGGGACAAUGAGGCUUCAUUGCAGAAGGUUAAAGAGGCCCCAGCUGUAGAAGGAAGAGAGGCAGUGUCUCCCUCUAAUAUUAUGGAAGCUAUAGCGACUGCAGUCAGUAAACUGGAGGUUAGUUUUACAGUAAUGGACCAGCUUGGGACAAAGUCUGGCAGUGCUAUUAAGCAUAUUCAGUGCCAGUCUGUCAUUGGCGUGGCUUCUACUGGAUCCAACCUGUGUCGUCAUGGGAGCUUAUAUUCACUUCAGGUGUCAACCAAAAUCCACGUUUACUUAUUUGACAUAGCACUACUCGGACCAAACAUCUUUAAAUGUGGACUGAAAGCUGUACUGGAGGACAAAUCCAUUGUGAAGGUCGUUCAUGACUGCCGCAGACUGUCAGACUGUCUCUUUCACCAGUAUGGUAUUGUGCUCAACAAUGUAUUUGAUACUCAAGUGGCUGACGUCUACCUGUUCCACACAGCCACUGGGGGUUUUCUCCCAAAACGGGCUAAUUCCUUGGAGGACUGUUUGACUAAACAUCUAAAUAUGGAUCCUUGUAAGAUUUUGUUCCUGUCAAAGACACAUGAUAUAGUAAAGGAUAAUCUACUUUGGUCAUUGCAUCCAUUGCCGUUACCCCUGCAGAAAGCUUUAGCGCUUGAGGCAUCUUAUGUCUUGUCUCUUCAUACACCUAUGGCAAAAGCAAUGAUGGCGGACUUUACAUCCAUAGUGGAAGGUUAUCUAGAAGUCUAUGCCUACCAUGAGGUCCCAAAUUGGUUGGAGGUAUCUGGUACCAAGCUUCCACAACAGUUUGGACUCCUCAAAGACUUGCAAAGAAGGCGCAAAGAAAUGGCUCUGAAGUAUUACGAUGUAGAUGAAUACGGUUUAUUGGCGAAGUCAGGAAAUAAUCUGUAUUCUUUUGGAAAAGACCAAGAUUUAGAUGAAAAAAUUCAGGCAUCCCAAGAUCUCCAGUGUUCUACUAUAGACAUAGAAAGAGACAAAUGGUCAGCAGGGGUAAAGUCUGUCAAUGGGUUUAAGUCAGAAGGACUUGAAAUUGUCCCAUGUGAAACCAGAGUCAUUGGAAAGAGCCCUUAUGAAUAUCCUGUAUGGUCGACUGCGCAAAAUCCAAAUUCUUCACAGUUUCCAAGGCCCCAAAUUACCAGCCAACCUCUAGUGCGAUUUUCACCAUGUGCACCAACUACAUGUUCUCAUAUGCGAUUUUCACCACGUGCACCAACUACAGGGUCUCGUAUUAGGAUGUCCGCUAUGUGGUUUAUGGCCGAGACAAAAAAUGCAUGGAGUUCUUAGGUUACACAUAUAGUUUUCUGUGAACAAUUGUUUUUCUUUUUGGAUAUAUUUUUAGAUUUUUAUUGUGGAGAAAGAAAAAAGUUUAGAGAUUUAACCACAAGACUAAGUGGAGUAGGUAAAUGGUCCUGUAGAUAAGCCAGUGGUCCUAGACAGUACUCACUUUUUCUGGCCGUACAUGUUAAUAGGGUUGCCUGGGGAAAAAGCUCAAUUUGUUCCCAGGCUGGGGGAUGUCUAAAAAUAACAGAAAUGCCAUACUCGCCUACUUCAGUCCCCCUACUGGCAGGUCCUGUUAGGACUGGAUGGCACACAAUUUAGAAGAAGGGGAGACCAGCAGAGAAACAAGACCAGCAGAGAACCAAGAGCUUAAAGGGGUACGCCGAUGGAAAACUUUUUUUUUUUAAAUGAACUGGUGCCAGA